CCCCUGGGAUAUUGAUGCAACAUAAUUGACGUAGUUAAAUCCAUGAUUGAGCACAAUUGAAUCUAAAUGGUUAUGAGCGGCGUCUACACGAUAGUAUCAGCGUCACCCUUCCAAGUGGCACCAUCCACUCAAGCAUCUCUAUCAGUUACAGCAAUAGUAAUAUUUAUCUUACCUGAUAACACAUAGUGAAACGUGAAACAAACGAUAAGACCUGUGAUUAGCUAAGUAAAAAGAAGUAUGUCAGUGACAAAAAUUCUUCGGAUGGUGAAUAGUAUUAUACAGAAGAGACCGUUGCUGUACAACUCGGUGGUAUAUGGUUCCUUCUUCACAAGCGCCGAGUUCAUUCGACAGAGUUUCAGUAAUGAAUCCAAGCCGCUAAUCGUCGAAGAAUCUAUAAAUUCUGUCGAUACCAAAGGGCCGAUAUUAAUGCAGAUACAAAGACUUUGUGAAACAUUGAAUCUCGUAGAUGAAGAUAUUUCGAUGCAAUCGACGAAUUAUAAUUGGCCCCAGUUGAAGAGAUACGCUAUCUAUGGCUGCUUCUUGGCUGGACCGAUAUUAUAUAGAUGGUACAAAUGGCUCGACACAUUUUACAGCGGAACAUCCGUUAGAACUGUGCUAACGAAACUUCUUGCGGACCAAUUUAUUUUCACACCGCCGUUACUUAUGUUAUUUUUUAUUAGUAUGAGUUUGAUGGAAGCUAAGUUAGAUAUCCUUCAAGAAUGCAAACUCAAGUUUUUGCACACUUUUCAGACUUCGUGCGGAUAUUGGCUACCGGUACAACUUGUGAACUUCAUGGUAGUUCCACCGUCUUUACGAGUGACAUACGUCAGUAUUGCUUCUUUUUGCUGGAUCAAUAUUCUCUGUUACUUAAAGAACAUACCUAUCGUUGAAUAUGAGCAGAGAAAAUAAAAUAUUGAAAAUCCACAUUCUGUGUACAUAUCGACAUUAUGUACCUAAAGAAAUAAAUAAAGACAAUCUCAUUAUAUAUAA